GUGUGCUCUCCCCUCCCUUCCCUUCCCUUCCCUUCCCCAUCCCCACCGCUUCACUUCCCUUCUCUUCAUCCUCCAGCGGCGCACUCAGCGACGGAGGCCAACAAAGCACAACUCGGAAAUCAUUUGGAUACAUUUGAAAACAAUCACUGGCUAUGGCGGCAAUCAGGAAAAAGUUGGUCAUAGUGGGAGAUGGUGCAUGUGGAAAGACCUGCCUGCUGAUUGUGUUCAGCAAGGACCAGUUUCCCGAGGUUUACGUGCCCACUGUGUUUGAGAACUACGUGGCAGACAUUGAAGUGGACAGCAAACAGGUGGAGUUAGCGCUGUGGGACACAGCAGGUCAGGAAGACUACGACCGACUGCGCCCACUUUCAUAUCCAGACACCGAUGUCAUUCUUAUGUGCUUCUCCAUCGACAGUCCCGACAGUCUCGAGAACAUCCCAGAGAAGUGGACUCCAGAGGUGAAACACUUCUGCCCCAACGUUCCCAUUAUUCUGGUGGGAAACAAAAAGGACCUGCGCAACGAUGAGCACACCCGCAGGGAGCUCGCCAAAAUGAAGCAGGAACCCGUGAAGCAGGAGGACGGACGGGACAUGGCCAACAGGAUCGGUGCCUUUGGAUACAUGGAGUGCUCAGCCAAAACAAAGGAUGGUGUGAGGGAAGUCUUUGAGAUGGCCACCAGGGCAGCACUACAGGCCCGGCGAGGAAAGAAGAGCAAUAAAUGCACCCUCCUGUGAAAACGGCUGACACGGAACUGCUUCCAGUUUGGGGGGAAAAAGAAGCAGAGGGUAAAAAAAAUCCCCCCGCCCUCCCAAAAAAAAAAAAACACCCACACAAGACUGUUCUCUCACCAGUUUUUACAAAAAGUGCAAGGCUUUUACUUGUUUUGUUUUCUUUCUUGUCUUAAGAUGAAGUAGGCUCUGUCAGUAUUGGAAAUCUUUUUUUGUAUUAAAGCAUCAGUCAAUCAGCCAUAA